AUGGUUCCCGAGGCGAUAAGUGAUGUUUCAUUGGCAGCUGUUCCAGUAGUCUUGACCGAUAGGUUGAUGUGGUCCUUCAACCUUCUCAUUUCGCUUGUGUUGUUGGCGUUAAACACAAAUGCUUCAGAAGAUUGGCAGCCUAUUGGCUAUAAAGAUUGCAGUUGGGAGAGUUUGAUGAAUACUUUAAACAUUCAAAGUUCUCUUACGGAAUAUUUUACAGAAUCCAAGUUCAAUAUUUUGGACGUACAGGCCGCUGGGUGCUAUUUGAAGGACACCCCAAAUGGGAAGAAACUUUGCGAAUUCAAGGAAGGUUCAACUCCAAGAAUUAGGAUCAAAUUCAUUCCAGAUGAAACUGUGGAUAAGCUGAAAACUCAGAUUAAAGCCAAAAUUGGCCAGACAUUUCUCGAGUUCCCCAUGGCCGACGCAGAUGCCUGCACUUAUGGAGUGCAAUGCCCUGUUGAAGCCGGAAAGGAGUAUGUUUACGAGAAGGGGAUUGAAAUAAUCAGUAAUUACCCGAAGGACGAAACUGUACAAGUAAACUGGAUGGUCAAAGAGGAGAAGAACGAUGGGAAAGCUGUGUGCAUCAUAUUUUUGGCUCGAAUAGUCGCGUAA